CUGCCGAGGAGGCGGGAAGGCGAGGCGAGAGCGGCGGCCGCGGAGGAGCGGGUGGGGGCGCCCCGGCCCUUCUCGGGCCCCCCGUGGCGCGUCCUACACGGGACCCCGGCUGCAGCCCAGGUGUUCAGCAUAUACAGUUUUUGGCCUUCUCACUGAUAGGUGUAUUUGGUCUGGAAUUAAAAACUGUCAAAUGGACAAUAUGUCUAUUACUAACACACCAACAAGUAAUGAUGCUUGUCUGAGCAUUGUUCACAGUUUGAUGUGCCAUCGACAAGGAGGGGAAAGUGAAACAUUUGCAAAACGAGCAAUUGAAAGCUUGGUAAAAAAAUUGAAAGAGAAAAAAGAUGAAUUGGAUUCUUUGAUUACAGCUAUAACUACAAAUGGAGCUCAUCCUAGCAAAUGUGUGACAAUUCAGAGAACGUUGGAUGGUAGGCUUCAGGUGGCUGGUCGUAAAGGAUUUCCUCAUGUAAUUUAUGCACGUUUAUGGAGGUGGCCUGAUCUCCACAAAAAUGAACUCAAGCACGUCAAAUAUUGCCAGUAUGCUUUUGACUUGAAAUGUGACAGCGUAUGUGUAAAUCCAUAUCAUUAUGAACGUGUUGUGUCACCUGGCAUUGAUCUUUCAGGAUUGACGCUACAGAGUUCUGCACCCUCAAGUAUGUUGGUGAAAGAUGAAUAUGUACAUGAAUUUGAGGGGCAGCCAUCACUUUCAACUGCCGAAGGCCUUUCAGUUCAGACUAUACAGCAUCCACCAAGUAACAGGGCAUCUACCGAAACCUACAGCACCUCAGCCAUGUUAGCUCCUUCGGAGUCUAGCGCUACCAGCACUACCAACUUUCCCAACAUUCCUGUUGCUUCCACAAGUCAGCCCACCAGUAUGUUGCCAGGUAGCCACAGUGAUGGACUUUUACAGAUUGCUUCAGGGCCUCAGCCAGGGACACAGCAGAAUGGCUUUACAGCUCAGCCAGCUACUUACCACCACAACAGCACAACAACUUGGACUGGGAAUCGACCUGCAGCCUAUACACCUACCAUCCCACACCAUCAGAAUGGACACCUUCAACAUCACCCGCCUAUGCCCCAUCCUGGACAUUACUGGCCAGUUCAUAAUGAACUUGCAUUCCAACCUCCUAUAUCAAAUCACCCGGCUCCAGAGUACUGGUGCUCGAUUGCCUAUUUUGAGAUGGAUGUGCAAGUUGGUGAAACAUUCAAAGUCCCUUCAAGCUGUCCAAUUGUUACUGUUGAUGGAUAUGUGGACCCUUCAGGUGGUGACCGCUUUUGCCUUGGUCAGCUGUCCAAUGUUCAUAGAACAGAAGCCAUUGAGAGAGCAAGGUUGCAUAUAGGGAAAGGUGUGCAGCUGGAGUGCAAAGGUGAAGGGGACGUCUGGGUUCGGUGUCUUAGUGACCAUGCAGUUUUUGUUCAGAGUUACUAUCUAGACCGAGAAGCAGGACGUGCGCCAGGCGAUGCAGUUCACAAAAUUUAUCCAAGUGCAUAUAUAAAGGUGUUUGAUUUACGCCAGUGUCACCGUCAGAUGCAGCAGCAGGCAGCUACCGCUCAGGCUGCAGCUGCUGCUCAGGCUGCCGCAGUUGCAGGAAACAUCCCUGGACCAGGAUCUGUGGGGGGAAUCGCUCCCGCCAUCAGUUUGUCGGCUGCUGCUGGGAUUGGUGUGGAUGACCUUCGGCGCUUGUGCAUCCUCAGAAUGAGUUUUGUCAAAGGCUGGGGACCCGAUUACCCAAGACAGAGCAUUAAAGAGACACCUUGCUGGAUUGAAAUCCAUCUGCAUCGUGCCCUCCAGCUCCUGGAUGAAGUACUGCAUACCAUGCCCAUUGCAGAUCCCCAGCCGCUGGACUGAGGCCUUGCUGCUGUAGCUGUUCAAGAGUGAGGAUGGUGGAUUGUAAAAUACCAUUUUGUUUAUUACUGGAAGAUAUAUUUUACUUCCUCUCUGCUUAAUCUCUUAACCAGGUUUUAAAGAGAAAAUGUCUUUGCCACCUUGCUCUCAGCAGAAAGAUGUCGAACUUUUUAGUAAGUUUUACACCUUCAGACUUGGUUCUGUAGUUGCAGGAAGCUGACACCAGCAAGCAAACUUUUGAUUGUGGUCUUGGUGUAAUUACUGCUAUGUCUUCUCCUCCUUGGAAGGCUCACAUAGCUCUGUCGAGCUUCCCUUGGAUUUUCAUGGAGGCAUGGACACUGUCUCCCUGAGCAACCCUAUGCAUUUCGGGGAGCCUGGAGGUGGGGCUCCACUUAUGCAGUUAUUCAGCCUAUCCUUAGUCGAAUCCACCCCAAAUGAGCAAAAUCAUGUUGAUUAUUCUGAAGGGAGGAUUCUAGCACUUCUCCCCUGUGGCACAAGGGCACAUCUCAUCGGGAGAUCCUUGUAGGUGAAACACUUGCGUACACGUUUUUACAUGGAAUGCAGCUGGGUUGUAAAGCUGAGGAGAAACUUACAUGCAGCACGAAAUGCUCAGCAAAGAGAACUGCCAGUUGCUUAUGUGAUAAAUGCCUCAUGGCAGGAACAUACCUUCAGUCAGUAUUCCCAGUUGAUUUGAACCAUAGAAGCUUGGGCAGUUGAGGUUGCAUGAAUGUAUGUGUUACUAAAGCUGGCAUGCCAUAACCAAGUCGACAGUUGCAUCACCGAGAAUCCAGAUUUUUGUAUCCUUCAAAAUUUCUACUCAGGGCAAGGUGGCAAACUUGUUUUUAUACCUCUUGGUUAUUUUAAGCUCUUUAUGCCAUCAACAAUAUUAUCUAUUUGCAUUGACUUUGUAUAGAGAAUUUCAAGUAGAAGUUGCAAAUGUAUUGGCUGUAUGACAGAUGCGAUCCUAUGCUUUCUCUAGUUAAUAAAACUAUUAAAAAAUUCGCAAA